AUGACUGAGUCCAAGUCGUCUGGUAAAUGCACCAAACUGUCGCUGGUGGUUCUCAGCCUGUGGUCCUUGGCCUCGCUGGUGACCAUUGUGGUCUGGGCCACGGCUCCGGACUUUAAGAGUGCCGCCCAGUGUCGUUCUGAUCUGCGGGAGCUGACGGUGCAGCACGAGGGCUCGAAGGUGGUGUGUCGGAAGAACCACGAGGCCCUGGAGGAGAUGGUGAGAGCCGAGAGGGAGCAGCAGGAUUCCCUCCGGGCCUCCAUCCUGGAACUCACCCUCAGACUCAACCUGACCAAUCACACGCUGGAGCUGAGCCGCGAGGAGAACCUCGUCCUGAUCUCCAACAUCAGUGUCCUGCAGGACUCUGUGGAGUCUCUGCAGCAGAUCCAGGACAACCUCACCUCCCAGCUGGCUCUGAAGGAAGAGACCAUCGACAUGCUGCAGCUGAACCUGACUCAGGCCGAGCACCAGACCCAGACCUGCUUCAGUCUGAAGGAGGCGACCGAGGCCCAGACCCGAGCUGCGGAGAGCCAGACCAAGGCCUGCCAGUCCAGCCUGGGCUAUCUGCAGAGACAACUUCAAAAAUGUAAAGCCAGUGAGACUGAGACCUGCACUGGUCCUGGUGCUGGUCCUGCACCUCCUCCUCCCCCUGCACCUCCUCCUCUAAUUUCUGUGUGUGGGAGAAAAGAGGCUGGACUCACUGCUGUACACUUCCUGUUUACUCUCCAGUCGCCAUGGAAACGCUGCAUCCCUGGCCUCUGA